UGGCACGAUGACCGGGCCGGAUGAUUUUUCGGACGGUGAAAGCACUCCUCUGACUCAGGACUAUGGCGGAAGCCAACGUACCGUCGUCGAGACGAAGGGAUGGGACGUGUUCCGGAAUCCACCACCGAAAAUCGACUCCGGCUCUAUGGCGAAUCAGAGUUGCCUGGAGAGGAUGGUGCAAGUGACCAAGGUCCUCGUCUACCUGCUCGUGUUCGUCAUAGUACUGGGAAGCGGCGUGGUCGCCAAAGGAACGAUCCUCUUCAUGACGUCGCAGCUCCGGCAGGACAGAAGAAUCAUUUACUGCAACAGACAAUUAGAUCGGGAGAAUCAGUACAUGGUGGUGUUGCCCGAGGAGGAGAGGGUCGCAUGGAUAUGGUGCAUAAUAAUCGCCUUCGUGGUGCCGGAGUUCGGUACGCUGAUCCGCAGCAUCCGCAUGUGCAUCUUCAAGUCGUGGAAGAAGCCGCAUUCGGCGCACUUUCUCCUGGUCUGCAUCAUGGAGACCUUCCACGUCGUCGGGCUGGCCCUGAUGUUCCUCGCAGUGCUGCCGGAUCUGGACGUCGUCAAAGGGGCGAUGCUGACCAAUUGCGUGUGCUUCGUGCCCGGAUUGCUAGGCCUACUUUCCCGUAACAAAAGCAAAGACGAGUCCAAACGUUUCGUUCUCGUUCUGGUCGACAUCGCCGCUCUGGCCGCUCAAGCGACCAGCUUCGUCCUGUGGCCGCUCUUGGACAGCUCCAGGCGGUCUCUGUGGCUCAUCCCGGUGGCGUUGUUCCUCGUCUCCUGUGGCUGGUGGGAGAACUACGUCUCCACGCAGAGUCAGAUCGGUCUAAUCAGGUCACUCGGAAGAGUGAAGAAGGAAAUGAGAUUGACGCGAUACUUCACCUACAUGCUGGUGACAGUGUGGAAGAUCGUGGCGUUCUUCAUCAGCGUAUUACUGAUAGUCUAUAUCAAGGAAGAGAAGGUGGGCCACCUGUUCACCAUGUUGAGCAGCGCCUUCGGCCCGCACAAGAUCACCGUGACACCCACCAAACUCGCGACUUCCGGCACUUCGCCCGAUCUCAUGGAAAUUCUCAUCGCAGGCGGAGACGCCACCGAGACCAUCGACGCCGACUUCCACACGCCGAUCUACGUACUCCUGCUGCAGGUCUUCGGCGCUUACUUCGCUUACAUCUUCGGCAAAUUCGCGUGCAAGAUCCUGAUCCAAGGCUUCAGCUACGCCUUCCCGGUGAACCUCACCAUACCGGUCUCGAUUUCACUGCUGAUCGCCGCGUGCGGCCUCCGCAACGGCGACCCCUGCUUCUUCCACGGCACGAUUCCGGAUUAUCUGUUUUACGAGUCGCCGCCGUUGCACUUCCUCAACGAGUUCGUGUCGAAGCAGUACGCCUGGGUGUGGCUGCUUUGGCUGUUAUCGCAAACCUGGAUCACCCUGCACAUCUGGACGCCGAAAUGCGAGCGUCUCGCGUCUACGGAGAAACUCUUCGUGGUGCCGAUGUACGACUCUCUGCUGAUCGACCAGUCGAUGGGACUCAACAGAAGAAGAGACGAUCAGCCGGAAGUCAAGGUCGAGGAUCUAGCGGAGAUAGAGAAGGAGAAGGGCGAUGGGGACUACGAGACGAUUUACGAGCAGACGGAUGGCUCGACCACACCUCCGUCCGCGGUGAAAAGCAGCGAUCACGUAACCAGGAUUUACGCUUGCGCUACUAUGUGGCACGAGAAUAAGGAGGAGAUGAUGGAGUUCCUGAAGAGUAUCCUGCGGCUGGACGAGGACCAAUGCGCGCGACGCGUCGCCCAGAAGUACCUGAGAGUCGUCGAUCCCGAUUACUACGAAUUCGAAACUCACAUAUUCUUCGACGACGCGUUCGAGCUGUCUGAUCACGACGAAAACGAGUCGCAGGUGAAUCGGUUCGUGAAGCUGCUGGUCGGCACGUUGGAUGAGGCCGCGUCGGACGUGCACCAGACGAGGAUGCACGUGAGAGCGCCGAAGAAGUAUCCGACUCCUUAUGGUGGUCGUUUGGUCUGGACUCUGCCCGGUAAGACGAAGAUGAUCGCUCAUCUGAAGGAUAAGAGCAAGAUCCGGCACAGGAAGCGAUGGAGUCAGGUAAUGUACAUGUAUUACCUGCUGGGACAUCGUUUGAUGGAGUUGCCGAUCAGCGUCGAUCGCAAGGAAGUGAUCGCCGAGAAUACAUUCUUGCUGACGCUCGACGGCGAUAUCGACUUCCAACCGGCUGCCGUGAAGCUCCUCGUGGACCUGAUGAAGAAGAAUAAGAAUCUGGGCGCCGCCUGCGGUCGCAUCCAUCCGGUCGGUUCCGGGCCGAUGGUGUGGUACCAGAUGUUCGAAUACGCGAUCGGUCACUGGCUGCAGAAGGCCACCGAGCAUAUGAUCGGCUGCGUACUCUGUAGCCCGGGAUGCUUCUCCCUGUUCAGAGGCAAAGCCCUGAUGGACGACAACGUGAUGAAGAAGUACACGACCAGGUCCGACGAGGCGAGACACUACGUGCAGUACGAUCAGGGCGAGGAUCGUUGGCUGUGCACGUUGUUGCUGCAACGAGGUUACCGGGUGGAAUACUCAGCUGCGAGCGACGCUUACACUCACGCGCCGGAAGGAUUCAACGAGUUUUACAAUCAACGACGCCGCUGGGUGCCCUCCACCAUUGCGAACAUCAUGGACCUGCUGAUGGACGCGAAGCGCACGAUCAAGAUCAACGACAAUAUCUCGCUGCCUUAUAUCUCCUAUCAGAUCCUGCUGAUGGGUGGCACGAUCCUAGGCCCCGGCACGAUCUUCCUCAUGUUGGUGGGUGCCUUCGUGGCGGCCUUCAAGAUCGACAACUGGACCAGCUUCUACUACAACAUCAUUCCCAUCCUGCUCUUCAUGAUCAUCUGUUUCACGUGUAAAGCCAAUAUACAGCUUUUGUGCGCCCAGAUCCUGUCGACGGCGUACGCGAUGAUCAUGAUGGCGGUGAUCGUAGGUACGGCCCUACAACUCGGCGAGGACGGCAUAGGCUCGCCUUCGGCGAUCUUUCUCAUAUCCCUCUCGAGCUCGUUUUUCAUAGCGGCCUGCCUGCAUCCGCAGGAGUUUUGGUGCAUCGUACCCGGCAUCAUAUACCUGCUGUCCAUCCCGUCUAUGUACCUGCUCCUCAUACUCUAUUCCAUCAUCAAUCUUAAUGUUGUGUCAUGGGGCACUCGAGAGGUUCAAGUGAAAAAGACGAAGAAGGAGCUCGAGCAGGAAAAGCGAGAAGCAGAGGAGGCGAAGCGGAAGGCCAAGCAGAAGUCCCUACUGGGCUUCCUGCAGAACGGCGCGGGUACCAACGACGACGACCAAGGCUCCAUCGAGAUCUCACUGGCGGGUCUAUUCAAGUGCUUGCUGUGCACCCACGGCAAGCCUUCCGCAGAGAAGCAGCAGCUGGUGGCGAUCGCGGAGUCCCUAGAGCAGCUUGGGAAACGAUUGGAAACGAUCGAGAGGGCGGUGGAUCCUCACGCUGGUCGCAGACGAGCCUCGUCCGUGGGCUCGAGGACCGCCGAUCACUUGGACGCGAUCGGCGAGGACCCUGCCGAGGAUGACAACAGUAACAGCGAGACCGAGACGGUUGCCAGCCAGAACACCGAGGCUAAUCGCAACGGCAGCAAUUUCCUCUCGAGGCCGUACUGGUUGAACGACGAGGGUCUGAAGAAGGGCGAGGUGGACGUGCUGUCGAUGCAGGAGGAGCAGUUCUGGAAGGAUCUGCUGGAGAAGUAUCUCUAUCCGAUCGACGAGGACAAGGCCGAGAAGGCACGAAUCGCCAAAGAUCUAAAGGACCUUCGCGACCAGAGCGUCUUUGCGUUCUUUAUGAUGAACGCCCUCUUCGUCCUGAUCGUCUUUCUGCUGCAAUUGAACAAAGACUUGUUGCACAUCAAGUGGCCGUUCGGCAUCAAGACGAACAUCUCGUAUGACGAAAGCACCUCGGAGGUGCACAUCACGAAGGAAUAUCUGCAACUUGAGCCGAUCGGUCUCGUUUUCGUAUUCUUCUUCGCGCUGAUAUUGGUCAUACAAUUCACCGCGAUGUUGUUCCACCGUUUCGGCACUCUGGCUCACAUCCUGGCCAGCACGAGCUUGGACUGUUGCAAGAAGACGAAGGAUCUCUCGGAGGAAGCCUUGCUGUCGAAACACGUGGUCGACAUAGUGAGAGACCUCCAGAGAUUAGAGGGUAUAGAAGGCGACUAUGACGAAGGCAGCGGCAGCGGGCCCGGCAGACGAAAAACGAUCAGGAACCUGGAGAAGAGCCGUAGGAAGACGCAGGCGAUCAACACGCUCGAUGUGGCAUUUAGACAACGCUUCUUCAGCAUGUCCGAAGGCGCAGGUAAGAACAUGUCGACUAGACGCACGACGGAGGCGUUCAAGGCCUUCGAGGGCAGGCGCAACAGCAUAAUGGCGAUGCGCAGGAAGUCGCAGAUGCAGACCUUGGGCGCGAACAACAUCUACGGUGUGGCCGGCAACCCGCUCGGGAUCCAGGGCCGUCCGUCUAGGAGCAGCCAGAUCUCCGUGAAGGACGUGUUCGACAAUCGCGAGGGACAUUCGGGACACGUGAACGCCGGUUACGAGGGCGAAGAGAGCCCCGGCAACAGCCUGAGGCUGCAGAAUCUCGGCAAUCAAGUGACGUGGCGGGAGGAGAAAUCCAACAUGUGAUCUCCCCCCAAAGACCGAGUCCGAUGAAUCGACGGACAGCCUGGCGAAUUGCUCGCACUACGAUUGAGCCAACUUGUUUCUCCACGAGUCGUUUUGAAUUCGUAUCCUUCGGAUUAAUUGGUUAAAAUUCAAAUUAAUCUGAUAAAGAAAAAGUUCCAGAUAUAGGAACAAUUUUACGUAGAAAGAUUGCAACUUUCUGAGACUUCGUAAAAUCUUCUUACGAGACUACCGGUCUCGCCGUUCAACUUAUCCCGAUUACGUUCUCGUGGUUUUCCAGACACGAUCGUCGAUUUGGUUUCUCAAGAUACGGAUCUAAGACACUUUGGAAGCGGAACAACAAAGAAGAUUCGCGCGGUCUUUAGUAAUAAAUCGUAAAUAAGGCACCGAUCACGGCGUCCACGAGCGCGAGCAUGUUAUCGAGAAGUGUGCGGAAUCGCGCACGAAGAGAUCGCGACGAGAAAGCGCUCGGGAUGAUUCUGUUGUAGAUACUCGCGAUUCACCAACGCAUGCGCUUUGCAUUACGACUGACGCUCUUCUCGCGUUUGUUAACUCGUUCAUUCAUCUGCCGUCGAAGUUCAAAGAACUCACGGAAAUGCGAGUGCAAAUGUGAGUGCCGCGCCGAGCGUCCGAAUUAUUUAUCGCGCGUAUUCUCGAUGGAUGUUCCGGCCAACUGUUACGUGUAGCGCCUUCGUUUUUUAUUUUUCUAUAAGUAACCUCAUACGAAGGUAAGAAACACUCGCACUUUAUUCAUCAUAAGGUUAGCCCUAUACCGAAACCGCGCGAAUUUCUCCGACCACCGACGGCCGCGCCCGUUAAAAAAUUUCCCCCUAUAAUUAUGUAUGAAAUAUGUCCAUAUAUGCAAAUAUAUAAUUAUAUAUGAU